AGCGUACACUGCGAUCCGUCCCUAAAAAGCUCCGAAACGAGAGCCAAACCACCAAACCACCAACCCGCCCCUCUCGCCCCUUCCCGACCAACCAACCUCCUCUACCAUGCGUUUCGCCGCCGUUGCAGUCCUUCUCUGCCUUGCCCUCUCGGCCGUCGCCGAGCCCAGCAAGCCCCACGAGUCCCACAGCACCCAUGUCAGCGCACAGGUCUCCAAGUCGGAGCAUCACCACACCCCUGCUCCCACCAGUCAUAAAGUCGGCGAGGCCAAUCCCAGCCCCAAGCCCCAUCCUCGCAGCAAGCGUGCCGUUGCUAAGCACCCUCAUCCUGCCUCGAAGCAGCACCAGGGGGGCCACCAUGAGACCAAGUCCGUUCACACUCCCACCCACACUCACCAGGGCAAGCCCCACCACACUUCGAAGCAUCAGGGCAAGCCCCACCACACUUCGAAGCAUCAGGGCAAGCCCCACCACACUUCCAAGCCUCAGGGAAAACCUCACCACACUUCCAAGCCUCAGGGCAAGCCUCACCACACUUCCAAGCCUCAGGGCAAGCCUCACCACACUUCCAAGCCUCAGGGCAAGCCUCACCACACUUCGAAGCACCAGGGCGGCGCCCCGCACACCCACCCUAUGGCCACCCCGGCUCACUCUGCCAAGCACCAGGGCCACCCCAAGGAGUCGCACAAACCCGCUCCCACCCACCAUGCGUAAAUACCAUGACACAACGCAACUCGACGGUUGGCGGGAAUGCCGGGUCUGAUCUAAAUUGGACCGAUGCCCGACUCUCUACCUCGAUCCUCUGUCGAAAUGUUUAGUAGAAUAGCCUUCAUUGUGGUUCAGUGUUGUUAUCUUUUCACUCUUACUUUUUGGCGAAAUGCUCUUCUUACAUAUGUACCUACUCAGCCCAAUAUCGAACCGGGAUAAUCCCAAACUGAGAC